AUGGGUGAGUCACAUGAUGACAUAGACCAAAUGUUCAGCACUCUGCUGGGAGAGAUGGAUCUUCUAACCCAGAGUUUGGGAGUGGACACUCUUCCUCCUCCUGCUCCUGAGCCUCCCAGGGCUGAAUUUAACUACACUGUGGGCUUUAAAGACUUAAAUGAGUCCCUGAAUGCACUGGAGGACCAGGAUUUAGACGCCCUCAUGGCCGAUCUGGUGGCAGACAUCAGUGAAGCGGAGCAGCGGACAAUCCAGGCGCAGAGAGAGUCCUGCCAGAGUCAAAAUCACGCAUCAUCCCUGGGGGCCUCAGACUGCGGCGGUGUCACCUCUGUGGGUUAUGCAGCAAAUGUCACUGCAGUCGGCAUCAGCCCAUACGAGGAUGACUUACCGCCCCCACCAGAUGACCCCAUGUUAGACCUUCCACCGCCUCCACCCCCUCCGGAACCUCUCUCCAAGGAAGAAGAAGAAGCCCAAGCCAAGGCUGAUAAGAUUAAGCUAGCACUGGAGAAGCUGAAGGAGGCCAAGGUGAAGAAGCUCGUGGUCAAGGUGCACAUGAACGAUAACAGCACAAAGUCACUGAUGGUGGAUGAGCGACAGCUGGCCCGAGAUGUCCUGGACAAUCUUUUUGAGAAAACUCACUGUGACUGCAGUGUGGACUGGUGUCUUUAUGAAAUUUACCCAGAGCUACAGAUCGAGAGGUUUUUUGAAGACCAUGAAAAUGUUGUGGAAGUCUUAUCAGACUGGACAAGAGACACAGAAAAUAAAGUACUGUUUUUGGAGAAAGAAGAAAAAUACGCUGUGUUUAAAAACCCCCAGAAUUUCUACUUGGAUAACAAAGGAAAAAAAGAAGUCAAGCAGACCAAGGAGAAAAUGAAUGCUAAGACCAAAGAAUCCUUACUCGAGGAAAGUUUCUGUGGAACGUCUGUCAUUGUACCAGAACUUGAAGGAGCUCUUUAUCUGAAAGAAGAUGGAAAAAAAGCCUGGAAACGGCGCUAUUUUCUUUUACGGGCUUCUGGAAUUUAUUAUGUACCCAAAGGGAAGACAAAGACCUCCCGAGAUCUGGCAUGUUUUAUACAGUUUGAAAAUGUCAACGUUUACUACGGGGUGCAGUGCAGAGUGAAAUACAAAGCGCCCAGUGAGCACUGCUUCGUCUUAAAGCACCCCCAGAUUCAGAAGGAGUCUCAGUACAUCAAGUACCUCUGCUGCGAUGACGCGAGGACUCUCCACCAGUGGGUCACAGGAAUAAGGGUUGCCAAGUACGGGAAGACUCUGUACGAGAACUAUCAGCGGGCUGUGGCAAGGGCUGGACUCGCCUCCCGGUGGACCAACCUGGGCACCGUCAACACAGCUGCGGCAGCUCAGCCGCCCGCAGGACUGAGGACCGGCACCAGCCAGCCCAAUGGGCAGCUUCCCCGGGACGCACCCUGCCUCAGCGAUGCGCUCCGAGAGUCUCAGAGGCAGGCGGACACCAGCAAGGUAGGCCCGGAGGGACAGGGCGGGCACGAACUGCCAGACAGGCCCAAAGCCGCCUUCCAAGCCAGCACUGCUCUGGCAGCUUCUCCAUACAGCCCCAAGCACUGAGAACCCGGCGGACCGUCAUCUCAUUUAGGAGACCGCUUUGUGUUUUUAUAGUAAAGUAACCUAGGCUAGAAUCAAAAGCGAAAACCAACUCUCAUCACAUUGCUUCAUGAAAGUGAAAGUAUAUUUAUUUUCAGAGAUAAUUCUCAUGGAGUGAUUUUCAUAAUCUCUGAGCACAGCACCUGAGUUUCACUUAUUUUUUCUAAGUAAAUUAGGGCAGCCAAUCAGGUCCUCAGAAGCCCUGUAUAAAGUAGUAAGUGAGCCCCAAGACCAGGUUAGAAGGCUCCUGAGAGGGGUACACUGUGCAAAUCUGUCCUCAGGGAGACAGAGUGGGAUGUAGCUGGUGGUAGAGUACUUGCCUAGGGGUGUGCGGCUGUGGGUUCCGACCCUAUCACCAUCACAACAAAGUGAAAUUAAGUCCAAAUUGAUAUUGCAGUCUCCCUAACUCUUUUCAUUAUACCAGUGAAGGUCCAUUUGAAUAGGCCUAAAACUCCUAGCCAGCCACCGUACCGCUCACAUCUCAGACCCUGUGAAUUCCGCCGAAUGUGUCCCCAGACGCUGACCUGCCUUACAUAACCGCAGUAGCACCCACCUAGCGA